CUCUUCUUUGUUUGAACUUGUAAAUUGCCCAGUUCUUCAUUUAUCUGCUUUUUUUAUUGUUCUCUUCUUCUUUGACUUUAAUUCCGAGUUUUGAAGUUGUUUGGGCUGAUUGAUUUCAUUUUCCUGUAUUACUUUCGUUUGCUCACUUGGUCGCAACUAAUCCGACCAUAUUUGACUGAUCUUCAUUCCUUUAAUCUGUUAAAGCACUCGUGGCUAAUUCUCUACUUAUUUUUCUCCUAGCCUACUUCAGUAAUUAGAUUUCAUCAGAGUUCAUCAUUUGUUUAUGUUCGAAACUGUUUCAGGCAAGAAAGGCUCUUCGAGCUUUAAAGGGUCUGGUUAAGUUACAGGCACUUGUUAGAGGUUAUCUCGUUCGUAAACAAGCUGCUGCGACUCUUCACAAUAUGCAAGCUCUUAUAAGAGUUCAGGCCACCGUCCGAUCCCAGAAAGCUCGUACUCUCCACAACAGAGAGCACACAUCUCAGCCACAAACCCGACCACCGCGCAAAUCUAUUGAAAGAUUCGACGAGACAAGAAGCGAGCACACUGCAUCUUUUCACAGUCGGAGGCUAUCGGAAUCUAUUGAUCCUGCCAUCAACACCUUCGAAGAGAGCCCAAAGAUUGUCGAAAUCGACACAGUAAGACCCAAGUCGAGAUCCCGUAGAACCAACACCUCAAUGUCGGAGUGCGGCGAAGACCCAACUUAUCAAACGGUCUCCUCUCCCCUUCCAUGCCAGAUUCCUGUUCGUCUCUCUAUACUGGAUUGCCGUAAUUUUCAGGACUUCGACUGGAGCUUCACCAGCGACGAAUGUAGGUUCUCCACCGCACAGAGCACCCCUCGGUUUGUAAAUUCCGGUGGGUCCAAUGCACCCGUUACUCCUGCUAAGAGCGUGUGCGGCGAUAGCUUCUUCCUGGGACCCGGCUCUGGCCUUUGCUUUGGAGCACUGUAUGACCUCACCUUUGCCUUGAACGAACAGUGUAUCAGUGAUUUCCGGGGAAGAAAAGAUGCCUGCGCUGGUAGGGUUACGUAGCUCAUAAAGGCUAGGAUGAGUUUUCCAGUAAAAGAACUUAAAAUCAUUGAGAUCAUCAAUCAAACCCUUAAUUCCAACGCUCAGAUUAAGCCCAAGUCAAAGGAACCUCAGAGCAGAUGCAGCAAUACAAGCAGAUCCAGAGAUCAGAAACCCUAGCACAAGUGAGACUAAUCACAAAGAGAACAGCGAGGAUCGGGUUUCUCAAAUCAGCUAACGAAGAAUUCGAGGGAGGGGGCAAAAAUCAAGAUCAACCCCCCAAGAAACAAGAUCUAUCAACCGGAUGUUAAUAUAAACGGUCGAUCGAUCUAUGAAAUAGAAAUGAGCAGCACAACAGAUCGACUGAAUAAUCGAAACCAAAUACGAAAGAAACCAGAGAUCAAAAUAGAGAAGAUAUUUAGCUGAUCAAAUCUCCCAACAGAGCGAGAGACAGAAUGGCGGAGAAACCGGAGAACCUUAGAAAGCGAAGAAAA